AUGGCGGCGCGUGGGCGCGCGGCGGCGGCGGCGAUGGCGGCGGCGGAGCGGCGGCUGCCGAGCCUGGACGAGUUCGCGGGGCAGAGCUGGAGCGCCUGGGUGGAGCGGGCCGGGCCGCCCGCCGAGCCGGCAGGGUUGGAGCCGGAGGAGAGCAGCAAGAGCGGGAGCAAGAAACUGGACGCCAUGACGCUGAUUAAGGAAGACAUGUCCAUCUUCGGCCACUGCCCGGCGCACGACGAGUUCUACCUGGUGGUCUGCAACCACUGCAGCCAGGUGGUGAAGCCCCAGGCCUUCCAGAAGCACUGCGAACGGCGCCACGGCCCGCUCAGCAAGCUGUACGCCCGGGCUGCCGCCGGCAGCCCCAAGUGCCACGCCGUCAACGGGCAGCCGGCGGCCAAGGCGCUGCGGGAGAAGCUGCCGGGUGCCCGCGGCCGGACCCAGCCGCUGCCCGACAAGGCGCAGAAGGACAACCUCUGCUUGUUCAUGCCUGUGGUGAACCUGGAGAAGAUCCCCAGCCUCCCCAAGCCGGACGGGCACGGGAUCAAAGUGCCCCCCAAAGCCCUGCCCGCGCAGCCUUCCUCCAGCUCCAAAGACCCCCCGGGGAGACCCUCCCCGACAGCGCCGCCGAAAGAGCCCCCGGUGCCGGCUGGGGUCGGGGGGGACUUGGCGCUGCCCGCCGCCGGCCCCGUGCGCAAGCCAGAGAGCGUGCCCGCCCCGGGGGAGAAGGAGCCGGGCGCCUGCAAGCCGCCCCCCAGGUCCCACAAGAAGCCGGCGCGGAAGGAGUGCGACCUGAACAGGCAGUGCGGCGUGCUGAACCCCGACACCAAGAAGAUCUGCACCCGCCUGCUGACCUGCAAGAUCCACUCCGUGCACCAGCGCCGUGAGGUGCAGGGCCGCGCCAAGGACUUCGACGUGCUGGUGGCCGAGCUGAAGGCCAGCUCCCGCCGGGAGUCCCCGAAGGAGAAGAGCCCGGUGAGGAAGGAGCCGCUCCCCGAGCGCCCGGCCCCAGCCGCCCCCGCGCUGCCACAGCCCCCCGCCGUCCCGCCCAGCGCAUCCCCCUGCCGUGCCAGGCCCCCCCACUCCCACUGCCCGCCCCCCAGGGCCAGGCUUUCCUCCGACAGCGACCCCGAGGAGGGGGACGCGGGGCUGUUCCCCUUGCCCCUGCCCAAGGGGGGCAGCCGGGGGUCCAGCGAGGAGAGCGAGGAGGAGGGGGCCGAGGACGCCCACCGCCCCGACUGCCAUUAUGCGGCACGCCCGCCGCGGCCACAAGCGUUCUGCACCUUUGGGAGCCGCUUGGUCAGCCCGGGCUGCUACGUCUUCAACCGGCGCCUUGACCGCUUCUGCUCGGCGCUGGGCUCCAUGCUGGAGCGGCACCUCAGCUCGCACAUGUGGAGGAAGAUCCCUCCGGCCGCCGAGCCCCAGCUCCACACCGCCCCGGCGCCCCCCAGCCCCGCCGGCCCGCCCUGCGGCCCUGCCGCCCCGGCCCCCCCGCCCCACACACGGACCCCCCCAGCCCCCGCCGGGCCCCGGGACAGCCGGGUCCCUGCCAGCAUCAACUACACGGUGGGGUCCCCGCACGCAGCGGCCGCCUGCAGCCAGCCGGAGUGCGGGGGGGGCGGCAGCCAGUCCAUCACCUCCCCGCUGCCGGCCAACAUCCCCUCGCCCUCCUUCAGCAAGUUGCCUUCCACCAAGGCCAGCAAAUCCUCCCGGGCCAAGGAGGCGGCGGGCAGCACGGAGCCGGACGCCGUCGCCCGCAAACGCAAGCAGCCCCUGGGCGCCGCCGCCAGCCCCCCCUACAAACGGACCUGCCCCGGGGACGGGGCGAAAAGCAAAAGCCCCGGCUGCCAGGUCUUCCACCCCCCCGGAAAGACGAAAGCCGCCCUGGUGUCGUCAUCUGCCACCGCUGCCCUCAAUGGCUCGGUGUGCGCCGGCGGUCGGCUGAAGCGGGGCCCCCCCCCGGACUGCCACGUCCCCCCCAGCACCACGUCGGAGCCCCGGGGCUCGCCGCUGCACGGGGCCGGGGUGCCCCCCCCACCCCCUCGCUGCAUCUCGGAGGACGAGGCCAAGAAGCGCAAGAACACGGCCACGUACUGCCGGCCUGGGAAGCCCAAGCAUGCCGCCCCCCCGCCAGCCCCACCACCCACCCCCGGCCCAGCACCCCCCGACCCGGGCUGCUCCGUCCGCAGGAAGAAGCCGGGGACACCCCUGGGCUUCGAGGACAAGCGGAGUGCCCUGAAGUCCAAAGCCCAUUAA